UCGAUAUUUUACUCCCUUUAGUUGAUAAAAUGGCUGAUGACGACAAAGGGAAAAAAGAUUUUAGUGACAUUUUGAGCAACAUAAAUAGAAAAUUUGAAAUCAUUCACACGAAAUGGGAUACUGACUGUAAACAAUUUGAGAUAAAAUUAAGAACGCAAAUUCCGCGAGAUAAUGAGGAUUUUAAUAGCCUGUGCGACGAAUGGGUGGAAUUAUUUUCAGAUGUUACAGAUACCGUUUGGGCUAAAAAGAUAUCAAACACCGGUCCUAAAAUAAGAUUUAGAAAGCAGUAUCAGUGUUGGACUCAAGGCGGGAAAACAAUUCAAAAAGAGUUAUUAUUCGACGCGAGAAGAUGCAAAGCUACAUUAGAUAUGAAAGUUUUAACAGAUAAUCCUCUGUCUAGAAGGAAAAAUAAACAUAUCAGACUAGGUUUGAAUGUUGUAGUAAAAAUGAACUUUUACCAUUUACAUCCAGUUGAUACAACACAGCCUUUUGCAUUUUUUGUCCAUAAUUGUGAACCGCAAGCAGAACUUCCAAAGCCUAUAAUUCAGUCUAACGAGAGACUUGCUCAGUUAGUAGCAGCGAUGGUUCAAAAUGGUCCAACUAUAUCACAAAAGGCAGCAGAAAAGGCAGAGAAAUGUAUUGCAAGAUUAAAUCAAGAACAAAAAGUGAAGACUCAGCCACAAUCACUACCGCUACAACUACAAUCACAACCAACACAUCAGGUAGAACCCUUGUCGCAAUCUCAACCGCUACUUCAGUCUCUCCCGCAAUCUCAGCCUCAACUCAUUGUAAGUUACGGAGAUAAUUCACAGCAAUUACUACAAGAUACUCUAGGAGUAGAAUCUCAAACCGUCGAAUUAGUCCAAAGUCUGCCGUUGCAGUCUUUGGAAGGUGUUAAAUUAGAGGGUCACCAAUCUGAAGGGUCAUCUCUACAGCCUAGCUGUACUCAGUUUGUAGUCAGUACGCCACAGUUUGAUAUGUCCGAUCAUUUCUUACUCUGUCAGCCUUUAAUGUUUGAUACUUCUCAAGUGAUUCCAUUAUCUAAUCAUACUUUACCGUCUCAUUUUGUACAUGUGCAAUCGUCUUUGUCCAACGACAAUGGACAGUUUUUAUAAAUAUCUAUUUGGGGUUACUUCGUGUACUUGCAAUUUUAUUUAUUGAUUUUUUAAUGGAACAAUAUCUUUAUAAGUAAUAUGGCAGGUGUGGUAGAUUGGUUUUUAUAAGAAUUAGGUAUUCGCCUAAAUAAAUAAAUAAUCUAAUCACCAAAGUUAUAUUUUACUACUGAUCUAUAUUUUGUAGUUUAUAUCUACAGGAUGUGCCACUUAACAUUUCCAGUGCCGUUUCUUUAGAAACUAUAAGCUCUAUUUUAAAUCAUUAUAUUGAUCGUAGUUGGAGGACAGUUGCAACAGUUGCAGAAUUCAAUUUGACAUAAAAAUAUUUUCUUUACCUUCAUAGCUAGUUAGCAUUGCUGUGCAAAGAAAUUUUCAAUUUUUUUUAAAUAAAGAAUUUUGGUCAACUUUUCUAUUUAAAAACAAACAUUUCCAUUGUUUCCUGACAAAAAUAACGCUCGAUAACUUUUUUAAUAUAAGUUCUGCUCUAGACUUCUAUCUCAAACAAUUUCCACAGUUAGAUAGUAACAGCAUUAGCCAGUGUCACCUCGUUUAAUAGAGAGUGCAUUAAAUUCUGCAAUUCAGUAAUCAAGGUUGGCAUGAUAUAUAUCCGA